AUGAAGCCCUCAGCGGAGGCCGGCCUGAGGGCGACUCGGGGCCUGUACCGAUCCCUGCACACCACUACGGCACCCAGGGCCGGUCCAACGCUGGAUUCCGUGCUUGAAAAUCUGUCCCCCGCUGUCUCCAAGUUCGGGGACCUGGUGGCCGACUACGGCAAGGGUUCCUACGUCUGGAGCACCGACGGGCGCAAGCACCUGGACAUGGCCACCGGCAUCGGCGUGCUGUCCACGGGCCACUGCCACCCCCGCGUGGUGGCGGCCAUUCAGGAGCAGGCGGGGCGCAUGAUCAUGGCCCAGCAGAACAUCUUCCCCGCCUCCCGCCCCAUGGUCGACCUGGUGGAGCGCUUCCGCGACAUCAUGCCCCCCAGCCUGACCCAGUAUCUCUUCGUCAGCAGCGGGAGCGAGGCGGUGGACAACGCGAUCAAGAUCGCGCGCUCGGCCACGGGCCGCCAGAACGUCAUCGCCUUUGACGGCGCUUUCCACGGCCGGACCUACGGCGCCAUGGCCGCCACCACCUCCAAGACGGUCUACCGGCAGACCUUUGGCCCGCUGCCGUCGGGCGUGCUGGCCGCGCCCUACCCCUACUGCCUGCACUGCAAGGCGCGCGCCGCCGCCGGCGGCCUGGGCUACGGCCUGGCCCCCAACGUGCCCGGCGUCGGCGCCGACUACGCCGGCCGCGCCUGCUGCGGCGGCCCGCUGGAGGCACUGGAGUGGAUGCUGAAGAUGCACUCCGCGCCGGCGGACACCGCGGCCAUCCUGAUCGAGCCCAUCCUGGGGGAGGGCGGCUUCCUCACGCCGCCCCCGGGGUUCCUGGACGCGCUGCGCGUGCUGUGCGACCGCCAUGGCAUCCUGCUCAUCUUCGACGAGGUGCAGGCGGGCAUGGCGCGGACGGGGACCUGGUGGAGCCACCAGCAGCUGUCGGCCGCGCAGCCGGACAUGCUGCUCUUCGCCAAGGGCAUCGCCUCGGGGUUCCCCUUUGCCGGCCUGGCAGCGCGGCCGCAGCUGUUCCAGGCCAUGUCCCCGGGCAUGCUGGGCGGGACGUACGGCGGGAGCACGCUGGGCUGCGCCGCUGCCGCGGCCACCAUCGACGUCAUCCGGGAGGAGGACCUGCUGGGCAACGCCACGGCGCGCGGCGCGCAGCUCAUGCGCGGCCUGCUGGAUGUCGCCUCGCGCUUCCCCGCCGUCGUGGACACGAUCCGCUUCCUGCCCCCGCUCAACGUGAGCGAGGAGGAGAUUGACGCCGCUCUUAGCAUCUUCGAGGACUCCCUGGCUGAGGCGGUGCGCGACUGCACGUAG